AUGCCAGAUGCAUUCUUAGUAAUGGCAUUUGGCAAAUUCUAAAGAGAAAACGCAAAAAAAUAAAAAAUAAAAGUAGGGUUUCUUGAAUCUUCUGUCGGGUCAUCAGACAAAAGUAUUCGAUCUCCCGUUUGUUUCACGAGAUUCCUCGGUUUCUCCGAAUGCAUCUUCUCUCUUUGUUCUACUUCAUCUUUAACGCUUCUUUUAAACCAGCCAUUAUCCUUUGAUCUUUCUUGAAAGAAGCAUAAAAACAAAGAACAAAAAACAAUGGAGAAUUCUUUGAGCGCAGGUUGCAUGGCGGUUUUUGCAGUGUCGGGAAGCGUCGUUCUUCUUGCCCUCAAAGUCCACAAACACCUCAUGUCUGAUUUCAUGAGGAAGAUCGAAUUCGAAUUCGGGUUGGAGAAAGGGCAGGGGAAGAAGAAGGUGAGGUUUGCAGAUGAAGUGGGGGAGCUGCCAUCGGAAAACAAUUCCGUCGCCGGAGAUCAGCACCACCACCACCAUAACCACAAGAAGUACGUGGUGGUGUCGCCGUCGGUCGGCCGCCGGACACGAGGGGUUGACGAUGAGAGGUUCGAGUCAAUGCCUGAAAAUUGGCAAGCUCUUUAUAAAGGGAUUAUACAAUCCAGGGGACUCAAAGGGCACAUGUGACUUUUCACUCUCAUCCAAUGGUGGCUGUAGGUGCUUAAUUGACUAAUGACUGGUCUUUCUAGUCUAAUUUAAUUUAAUUAUGACUCUAGUUUAAGGGUCAAUUUUGGUACAUCUACUAGUCAUCUACAUUUUAGUAUAUGGUAUAGUUGCGGGUGAUCGAGUUACACUCCCCUUGUAUAAUGUAUUAUUAUAUGUACAAAACAUAAUCUUUUUAAGUUCUUAAUUUUGUGUGAAAAAAAUACUAUUGCACGAAACUCUAAAAAGAAAAUUCAUAUCUUUUGGAGUUAUA